ACAACGUAGAUGCAGCAGGAGAACCGCCGGACAAACUGAGAAAGAGCACAAAUUGCUUUCCAUCCAAUAACAUCAUGAGCGACACACCGGGACAUUUAUUGAAAGAGAAGCUCGAUCAGCUGCAGUGUCACUUCACAUGGAGACCACAGAAGGAAACUAUUGACUUGGACGAUAUGAGGUUCAGAUUGCAAUAUUCUCUGACGUGGGGUGUAAAAUAUCAAGCUGCAUUGUACAACCAACUUGCUUUUGUAAACUGUCUGCAGGGUCAUUUUGAAGAAGCCAUUGAAAACUUAAAGGAAGCUGAAAAGAUUCUGAGGGAGAACCACAAAGUUGAAUUUGAAAGAAGAAGCAUCAUCACCUAUGGAAACUUUGCCUGGGUGCAUUACCACAUGGGACAGCUGACCGAGGCCCAGUCCUAUCUCGACAAGCUGGAGGUGAUCUGUAAACCGCUCAGUGACGGCCCUCGCUAUACAGCAAUGAUACCUGAGGUGUACGGGGAGAAGGGAUGGUCAUUGUUGGGUUCUGGUGCUGAAUUCUACGAGGAGUCAAAGGAAUGCUUUGCAAAGGCUCUGGAGCAAGAUGCUGACAACACCGAGUGGAUAAUGGGAUAUGCAAGGGCACUGUCUCGUCUGGAAUCACUUUCUGGAACCCCAGAGAGUCGUGAUCAGAGUCAGUCAGUGAAGCAUUUCCGACGGGUACUGGAGCUUGAUCCAGAUGAUGCUGUGGCCAUGGUGCUGUUGGCUCUAAAACUGCAGAGGCUAAGGCAAAAUGUGGAAGCUUACAAAUUGGUUGAAAAAGUAUUGCAGAAGACCUCUGAUCUUCCACAUGUGCUUCGCUAUGUUGGAAAAUAUUAUAGACAAAGGGGAUUUGUGGUGAAAGCAAUCAAGCUCUUGAAACAAGCAUUAGAAUUAACUCCACACUCUGGUUUCGUACACCACCAACUUGGAUUGUGCUACAGAAGGAAGCUGAAAUAUACUCAUAGCAGAUCUCCUCGCAAUCCUGAAUUUCAGCAGAGAGCUGAAUUGAUGAAUCUAUGCAAGUAUCACUUUGAAAAGUCUUUUGAGCACCGUCAAAGGUCAGCUAUUAAACCACAACUGGACUUUGCAGACAUCUGCAUAACAAGUGGGGAGUAUUCCAGAGCAGAGGAGAUUUACCGUAGAUUGGUGGAGUUAGAGGACAUUCGAUCAGAGAAUAUACAGAACAUAUGUCUGGAAGUUGGGUUAUUUGAACUAAACCAGAAAAAAUCUGAAACAAAUGCUGUUUCCCUCUUCCUGAAAGGAGCAAAAAUUGAAUGUAACUCAAUAGAACGGAAAAAAUGUUGCAUCAGUUUGGAAGAGUGGGCAGAUAGGAAACUUAUUAUAAAUGCACAUGACAGCAAGGUUCUUGGUAUUAAAGCAUUUCUGUAUCAGCUGGAUGGGAUCAGGGAUAAAGCGACUGAAUACUUUGAGAAGGCCUUGGAGUUUGAUCCUGGCAAUGAGGAAUAUAACUCUGGGAAGUGGAAAAGCAGGGAAACACAAAUAGUCAAAACACAGUCUGAGAUGACUGCCAGGUAUGAAGAGUGAGCAGAUAAAAGAUCAGCCU